CUGAAAUCAUGGCGGGUACAGAAGGCAGAGUUGUAUGUAUAGCUGUGGAUGGAAGCGAACACAGUGAGAAAGCGUUUGACUGGUAUAAAAAAGAAAUAUAUCACCAAGGAGAUCGCCUGGUUGUUGUUCACUCCCACGAGUUGCACCCUCCUGCAUUACCUCAUGCCAUGGCCACAGAGGAGUGGAAGAAGGAAGUGCAAAAACAUGAAAAGUACAUCAAGGAUUUGGAAGACAAAUUUAAAAGCAAGUGUGAGGAAAUGCAGGUUUCAGCCAAAAUUAUCAUCCAAGGUGGUCAUCCAGGAGAACACGUCUGUAAAGUCGCCAGCAAGGAGGGUGCAACCCUAAUCGUGUGUGGCAGCCGGGGAAUGGGCACUGUUCGUCGCACCAUAUUAGGAAGUACCAGUGAUUACAUCAUACAUCAUGCUCACGUGCCUGUGGUGGUAGUACCCAAGGAGAAGAAACAUAGCCCCCACCCCUCCCCUAAAGCUGACAAGAAGCAUUGAUAAAGCAGCAAAGAUUUGCCCGGGAGGUGAAAGCCGAUUGAGUUUGCCUUUCACAAAGUGCACUUAUAUAAUGGUAUCCUAUUUCAUUUGCGUAAUCAGUUUGUUUGUAAUGGGUGAAAUGAUAAAGAAAUAAACGAUUUAUGAUCGUUUACCUGUGGGCUUGUAUUCAGCAUUCCUUUUUUCCGUUUUUUCCAUGUGCAAAUACGUUACAGUGUUUAUGUGAUGUCAGAAGUUUUCGAACGAAACGUUUUGCAAUAUUCAGAGAGCUCUCAAAAGCGUACAAGCGAGACCUAAUCACGGUUUUGGAAGCAAUCUUGACGGAUGGGCCCCUGACGGUAGCCAACAGUGUCAGAAAUUACAGUGUUUGUAUGGGAAUCUGAUCGCAAAUAAGUUUCUUAAAUAUUGAAUUUUGAACAAUUUAUGAAUAGCAAAGUUAAGAAACUAAACAAAGGAUAGCAAUGACCAAAUAUGAGGCAUGUAGCUGUGCUAGAAAGUGUCCGGAAGCGUUUUUGAUUUUCCACACACUUGUCUACGACUUUUUUCUGCGAACUUUGCAUUGUACGCGAAUUAUGGUAAAGUUCGCGACACUUUGCGGGAAAAAAAAUUGUAGACAAAUGUGUAGAGCAUUGAACUGGACUCAUUCCAGCACAGCUAUAUCCCUGAAAUUCGGUUAAUGCAAUCCUUUGUCGAGUAUCUCAACUCUUGUUCAUAAAUUCUUCAGAAUUCGAUUUGUAAGAAAAUUAUGUCAUGGGAUUCCCAUACAAGCACUGUAAUUCCUGACGCGUGUUGUCUGCCCGUCAAGAUGGCUUCCAAUACAAAACCGUUUCAGUUAACGUCUAGUUCCCAGAGGCUGGCCAUUUUAAUAUUGAUGAACCCUUGUCAGGCGAUGAGGAAAUACUCUAUGGCUACUUUUGAAGGGAUCUUAUACACACAGCGUGAUAAUUGUCGAAGGACACCUGUGAAGUUCCUUAAAAUACCCGUUUUUGUUUUGUUUUGCUUUUAGCUUUCCGUUAUUGCACAGCAAAAUGGCGCUUGUUUUUCAGAUCGUUCGAAUAUUAAAGUAACACGUUGGCGUUGGCGAGACUGCGAGAACAUCAACGCCACUGUGAAAACUGAUGUGGAACUAGUAACGUAUUGAAAAAGGGGUAAGGUUCUAAUCAUGUUUAGUUCGAUACUUCUACCGUUUGUUUUUAUUUUUAUGUCGAUUUAUGAGUUAAAAACGGUUUCCCGCUGUCAGAAAAUUGCAUGCAGAGGUGCCAAGUUUAAUUCGUAUGGUAACUGUGUUCUGGUGUUUAUUUGAACAGAACAAUACAAUUCAGCAAGUGAUAAUAUUUUGCUUGGCAGCCCAGUUUCCACUUUAUAUAAUGUUUGAGAAACAAAUUCAAUGUAGGUGAAAACUGAAUUUUCAAUUUCUGAAAACGGCUGUCAUUGAAAAACGCUUUUUAAAUUCAUUCUACAAUGAAAACAGCUCUGAUGGAGCUGGUAAAGCCGAAAAAUAUGCUUAUAGUUUAUUUUGAGUUUAUAAUUUAGUUACUUAUUUGUUCGUUUGUUUACAUAUUUUAUUUAUUUUUUUAUUUAUUUGUCCAUCUUUUUAUAUAUCUAUUUAUUUUAAGCUUUUUAAGAUUCAUAAACUUAAGUAUGUUCGAUUAUCACUUAUUUCCCUUUUCUGGUAAAUAAAGCUUGAAAUACAAAUUCGAACAAAAACUGCAUCGAUUAUUUGACGGCAUACAGACGAAAGUUCAUAUUGUUUGCUUUUUUCUCGUUUGCUGUGUUAAUUGUGAAUACGACUGUUUCCUGGGAAGAAAAUACUAUCUGCUACCUCUAGACAUGCAAAACCGACUCAAAUCAAGCCGAAAUUACCCAAAUGAAAUUGCGUUCCGAGAGAAGAAAAAUAAUGGCUGUGCACCAUUUUAACACAAUGGAGUGUGAUUUCAACAUAAUGCUGUAUUGUUGAAGCGAAUUGGAAACGUGUCACAUAGUCAAAUUGCUCUGUUGCACCUGUCGCCGAUUUUCAAACAAAGUAUUCGUUUAUUCAUUUUCUUCCUUGUUUCGUCAAUUUAAGUUAUCUUAUUCACGCAAGUACUCUGUUAGAAUGUAAAAUGUUUUGAAUUUGCGGGCACUACAGUUUAAUUGCUUUCAUUUUCACGUUGUGACCUUUCAUGGGAAACUGUGCAUCGUUUUUCUCUGAGUAUUACUUAAUCUGAGGUAUUUAUAUAUUUCUGGCGGAAGAUGUUUAUCAUAGGAAACUGAAGCCUAUUUUUUCUGAAAGGACUUUUAACGCGCAGCUGUUGAAACAUACGUGGACGGAAGAGGAAACAGUCACCCCUUGAGGAAACGACAGUGUUUGGACACUGUCAACGGUGAAUUUGAAAAAUAACAACGAAAGGAAUGAGAGAAUUGAAGUUAUUGAACUUACCCACGCAAAGAAAGAAUUGGCUUUUUUAGAGGACUCUAAAGGAGGACAACUUAAUACGCAAGAAUGAGUGGAGAGACUUCAAGUUUGGCCUCUUCAAACCAAACUAUAAACCAAAGCGGUACUUUUGUAGUGAAUCUUGUUUACUCUCGUACAGAGUUAGCAUCUGGAUGUACACUGGCGAUUCUCAGUCCAAUAACUGUGACUACAAACGUUUUACUGCUCACAGCCAUCUUCAAAGAUCCACUGAAAUAUUUCAAGAAACCAACGCGUUAUUUUGUCCUCGGUCUUUCCGGGGCGGAUUUGUUAUGCGGCUUGUUUGUGGAACCGUUUUUCGCCUUGUAUUAUUUCGGUCGUUUCUUACGGGCAAGCGGUGAAUUUCAAGCCAUUUCACGGACGCUUUUUCUGAUCGGCUCGGUUAUUUCGACGGCGUCGUUAAAUGCUUCAUUCGUCAUGGUACUCAUGUUAUCCGCCGCACAGUUCAUCGCCAUUGAAUAUCCUUACAGAUACAAGACUUGGAUCAAAAAGAAGUUUGUGCUGCCGUCGGUUUUAGCAACCUGGUUUUAUUUCAUUUUGUUCAGCCUGUUGUCUAUCCUAGGCGUUGAUAGAGACUUAUUUUUCAAACUGAAUUUAACCAUCCACGCCUCACUGAUCUCGGUGAUUCUCGCAAUUCUUCAAAUCUUGACCUACAAGGCCUUUAGAGUACACUCCGAGCAUCAAAAGAUCAAGAGUAUUGCCUCGUCAUUAUCGCGAUCUUCGCAAAUUGAUUCCCCACAGAAUGGCAACGGAAGAAAGUUGCUAACGAAAAAAUCUUUUCGCUGUCGCGGACUUGACAGACAUUUUAUGGUUAUGACAUUCUACCUGUCUGCUAUCCUACUCUUUUCAGCUUUCCCACAUAUUGGCGUGUUUUAUGCCUUUUUGUACAAACAGCCACAGAGCAUGUCAGAAGAACUAAAUCUGAACGUUUUAUUAAGAAUAACCGAUCUUUUGCUUUUUGUCAAGGUUGCGACAGAUGCGUUCAUAUUUGCAUGGCGACUUCCGACUUACAGAAAAUCGUUAGACUUUUUAAUAACUGGAAAACUACCACAACUUGAAACAGGCGUGUAAGUUAGUUUUAAAAUGACGUCGAUUACUCUCAACUGGAGCAGCUUUUGAAAAAAAAAAAGGAAGAAGAAGAAGCUCGUAGGCCACGUUCGAUACAUCAAAAUUCUUGCAUGGUUCCGUGGCUUUCAGGACAAACUUCUAUGUAUGGUAGUGCCGGUUUUCUUUGUUUGGGAAUUGAGGGACAAAAGAAACU